AUGAAAAAGAAAAUUAAUAGCCUAUCUAUUGAUGAAGGGCUCAAAAAGACAUUGGACAAAUUAUUCCUUUCUGACUCUGAGGAUGAUAAAACUAAUCUUCAAGUAUCUCUAAUAGAGAAUGAAAAUGAAGAAUAUGAAUCUGAUUCUAACCAAUCAGAAAUAGAAUCAGAAAAAUCUGAUUGUGAAGGAAAUUGCGACUAUUAUAAAACCUUAUGUCAGGCUAACGGAUUAUUUGUUCUGACAAAAGAAGACAAUUUUAUUCUUGAUAUUAUAGAUAAAAUUACAGAUCCUACAGAGAAAAGAGAAAUACUUCAGAAAUAUCUGGAGAAUUAUUCCAAAAAAGGAAAUAUUGAUAAAGAAUUUCGUUUUAAAGAACCCGAAGCUUAUAACAUAAAAGAAAUUCUUAACAGAGUAAAAAACUCUGAAGAAAAACCCGAAGACACAUGUAUUAGUGAACUAAUAUAUGAAGUCAAAGAACUAAAAACAGAAUUACGCUCUCUUAAAUCUAGAAUAGCAGUAUUAGAAUUAAAAAGAAUUCAGAAUAUUUCUAACCAAUCAGAAGAAGAGGAAGACUUAGAACCUAGUCCAACUACUUCUCAAGAAAAAGAUGGAUUAAAUUCAUUAACCUAUAUUAAUAUGAUUGACAGAGUCUUAUACCUUCUAGGUACUUCUCAAAAACCUCAGAAAUUCUGA